AAAACAAUUCGUGGAAAACUAUUCAAAUUGGAGGAAGAGAAGAAAAAUGUUAAGCAAGAGAUUGCUCGUCUAAAGCCUGAGCUUCAAAAGUUGAAACGGCUUAUAGUUAAAAGGACAGAAGACAUUCAAAAGUUGGAGAAGAAGAUAAAUGAAAUAGUUGAUCGAAUCUAUAAGGACUUCAGCCGGUCCGUUGGAGUGAAAAACAUUCGUGAAUAUGAAGAGAACCAGCUCAAGGUUGCUCAAGAAAUGUAUGAGAGAAAGCUAAGCUUGAGCAAUCAGAUGUCAAAGUUGAAAUAUCAGCUGGAAUACGAGCAAAAGAGGGACAUGGAUUCACCGAUUGCAAAGUUGAUGUCAUCUCUUGAAUCUUUGGAUGAGGAUUUGAAAAAUGCACAAAAGAAAGAUUCUGAUGCCAAACUAGCAGCAGAGAAGAUUGAAGCUCAGAUGGAGGAGUGGAAAACUGAAGUUGAUAAAUGGAAGGGCAUGUCUGAUGAAUGCGAAGAAGUUAUCGAAGAGCUGAGGAAGCAGUGUGCCACUCUCAAAGACACCAUCGGGAAAUUGAAUCGCCAGAUAAAUUCAAAAGAGGCACAACAUGAGCAGCUUAAAUCACGCAAACAGGAGGUUCUUGAGAAGUGUGAACUCGAGCAAAUAAAGCUCCCAACUAUUGAUGAUCCAAUGGAAACCGAAUCACCAGAAUCUGGAGAAGUAUUUGAUUACAGCCAGCUUAGCAAUUCAUAUUUGAAGGACAUGAGGCAGUCAGAACGAGGAAAGCUUGAAACGGAGUUCAAACAGAAAAUGGAAACUUUAAUUGCAGAAAUUGAACGAACGGCUCCAAAUCUGAAAGCAUUAGAUCAGUAUGAAGCUUUGCAAGGAAAAGAGAAGGAAGUAAUCAUAAAGUUUGAAGCAGUGAGGAAGGAAGAGAAAGAAAUAUCUGACAAGUACAAUGCUGUUAGGCAAAGGAGGUACGAACUAUUUAUGGAGGCUUUUGAUCAUAUUGCCAAAAACAUUGACAAAAUUUACAAACAAUUAACUAAGAGUCAUACACAUCCAAUUGGAGGAACAGCAUAUUUGACUCUGGAAAAUGAUGAUGAGCCUUUCUUGCAUGGAAUUAAAUAUACUACCAUGCCCCCUACAAAGCGUUUUAGAGAUAUGGAGCAGUUAUCAGGUGGGGAAAAGACCGUUGCCGCGCUUGCCCUGCUUUUCGCUAUACACAGUUACAGGCCAUCUCCAUUCUUUAUCCUUGACGAAGUUGAUGCAGCGCUGGAUAACUUGAACGUAGCCAAGGUUGCUGGUUUCAUUCGGUCGAAAUCAUGUGAUGGAGCUAGGGCCAACCAAGAUGACGAGGGUGGAAAUGGGUUUCAGAGUAUUGUGAUAUCCCUGAAAGACAGCUUCUAUGACAAAGCCGAGGCCUUGGUUGGUGUUUAUAGAGAUUCAGAAAGAAGCUGUUCAAGAACUUUGACAUUCGACCUUACCAAAUACAGGGAGUCGUGAGAUUAAAAAAUGUAACAUUUAGAAGUCAGUUGUAAAUGUAAAUUGUGAAUAUAAGUAGCGAAGGAGUUCCCAUUGCCACUGCCAGUAUCUCGACAGCGACCGGAAGCCAUGCUGUACAUUGUAGCCAAAGCAAAGUUGUUUAUACUUGUGAUUGUGGGGCUAUCACUUCUUUGCUUGUAGUUUGCUUUUGUAAAAAGGUGCAACUUGCUGUACUUUUACCGGAUUUCUUUAACACCUUUUUUUUCCAAUGUUACUUUGUAUUGGUUUACAUUAUUAUAAACCCCCCUUUCUAACGAGGGGGCGGUAGCACAUAAGCGCUAGCAGGAUGGUUUGAUGGCAA